AUGAUUUAUUCAUUUGCAACUUCUGAUCAACCUGGAUAUAAAUAUUUACAUUUUUUCAAAGAAGAAGACCAAGCUGCAGCAGCAAGUUUUCUUAAAGAAAUGAAACCAACAAGAAAUGACGAAUUAAAAGCAUUUAAUAUUGAAAUUAGUCAAUGGGAUGAGAAUGAUAAUAAUCCUGAAAGAUGGUUUAAAAUUAAAGACUUGUUUUUUAUUGGUAAAAAUUUUAAAGAAUAUAGAUUUCUUUAG